CUCUCUUUCCCUCCUUGGUCAUGGUUAUACAGCGCUGGCUGCUAAACGGUUUGAAUACAGCGUCAAAUACACCUAAAAAGGGCCUGCAAAACUCUUGGGAGUGUUAUAGAGAGAGGAGAGGAGCUCUGUUUUUUUCUCUAGCCUUUUUUGGUUUUUGGUCGAUUUAUUGCCGGAAUCUGUGCAUUUUGCGGUGAAGAAAUGGUGAGAGCUUUGGUGAGGGGUUUGAUCUCUAAAUCCCUUUCGGUCGCCGGAAAAUGGCAGCAACAACAGCUUCGGCGUCUCAAUAUCCAUGAAUACCAGGGUUCUGAUCUGAUGGCCAAAUAUGGUAUAAAUGUGCCGAAAGGAGUUGCCGCUGGCUCAGUUGAGGAGAUCCAAAAGGCCAUUAAAGAUGUUUUCCCUCAAGAGAAGGAGUUGGUUGUUAAAAGUCAAAUUCUUGCUGGUGGACGAGGUUUGGGAACCUUCAAAAGCGGGCUUAAAGGGGGAGUUCACAUUGUGAAAGUUGACGAAAUUGAAGGCAUCGCUGGGAAAAUGCUCGGCCAAAUAUUAGUUACAAAGCAAACUGGGCCACAAGGAAAAAUCGUGAGCAAGGUCUACUUAUGUGAGAAGUUAUCACUUGUCAAUGAAAUGUAUUUCGCUAUAACUCUUGACCGUACAACAGCUGGGCCGCUCAUAAUAGCAUGCAGAAAAGGUGGAACCAGCAUUGAAGAUCUUGCAGAGAAGUUUCCUGACAUGAUUAUAAAGGUUCCUAUUGAUGUUUUCAAAGGAAUAACAGAUGAAGAUGCUGCUAAAGUAGUGGAUGGCUUAGUCCCAAAGCACGUCGAUAGAAAUGAUUGCAUAGAACAAGUGAAGAAGUUGUACAAAUUAUUCUGUGAAUGUGACUGCACACUACUAGAGAUCAAUCCAAUUGCAGAAACCUCUGAUAACCAACCGGUAGCUGCUGAUGCAAAGUUGAACUUCGAUGAUAAUGCUGCUUAUCGCCAGAAAGACAUAUUUACUCUCCGUGAUUCUUCACAAGAGGACCCAAGGGAGGUUGCUGCUGCCAAAGCAGAUUUGAACUACAUUGGCUUGGAUGGAGAAAUUGGGUGUAUGGUUAAUGGUGCUGGAUUGGCAAUGGCUACUAUGGACAUCAUUAAGUUGCAUGGUGGAACACCUGCCAAUUUUCUUGAUGUUGGAGGAAAUGCCUCAGAGGACCAGGUCGUAGAAGCUUUUAAAAUCUUAACUUCAGAUGAGAAGGUGAAGGCCAUACUGGUUAACAUUUUUGGAGGAAUCAUGAAGUGUGAUGUACUAGCAAGUGGAAUUGUUAAUGCUGCCAAGCAGGUAUUAACGUGUAAAGAUGUUUUGCUUUAGCCACUGCAUCUUUUCUCUAUAGAUGGCUUUUAUCAUAUUAUAGUUGAAAGUGGGAUAACUCUGAUCACUGCCGAAGAUUUAGAUGAUGCUGCUGAAAAAGCAGUAAAAGCAGCAACGGCUUAAAUGAUAUCCUUGAUUCAGUUGCUCCAGUCUGCCUUAUUUUUCAUUUUUGAAUUGGUAGAAUUAAUUUUUGGUCCUAAAAAUAAUUGAAAAGAAUCAGCUGAUCAGUCGUGGGCUUGUUCUUUUGACAUGAAUGAGGCAGGAUGAUUUCAGUUGAUUUGUGUUAUGGAAAGGUGGAAGUUAAAUGGCUUCCAAGAUUUUGAUUUUGCUGAUUUUUUUUUCUUGAUUAUUUGGGAUUUACUGGGAGAAAAUGGUUGAAACUUGGACCAUAUUGAAAAAGGGACAGGGUCCUGAUUGUGCUGUUAUACAAGAAUGGAAAAUUAAACAGGCUCCAAAGGUUUGGGUUUUA